AUGAAAUUCUUUUUGACUUCAAAAAAUCUAGCCCUGAUUUCCCUGAUCUUCCUGAUGGUUUUGAUGGCUGCUGAAGCUUGUCAUCCAUCGAUGUCAGCUUCGACGACUACAACAUCAGCACCAACUACCACCACAACAGCAGCUUCAGGCUCAGGUUCGGUCGAGGGAAAAAAGUGAAAAUAAUUUUUUUGUUGAGUUGAGUUGAGUUUUUCUAGUCAUAAAUUAUUGAUUAUCUCGAAAAUAAAAAGCCACGUGGCGUUUAAUUUUCUAGAAGCUACCUAAAAUGCGUCAGCAAAUCUAGAAGCUAUUUGAAAUGCGUCAGCAACUUUAGAAGCUACAAAAUAUGCGUCAGCAAAUCUAGAACCUACAAGAAAUGCUUCAGCAACUUUAGGAGCUACUUGAAAUGCGUCAGAAAUCCUAGAAGCUACAAGAAAUGAGCCAGCAAAUCUAGAAGUUACCUAAAAUGCGUCAGCAAUUCCAGAAGCUACAAAUUAUGCGUUAGCGACUUCAGAAGCUCUUUGAAGUGCGUCAACAAAUUCAAAAGCUACAAAAUAUGAGUCAGCAAAUCUAGAAGCUACUUGAAAUACGUCAGCAAUUAUAGAAGCUACAUGAAAUGCGUCAGCAAUUCCAGAAGCUGCCUGAAAUGCGUCAACAACUCUAGAAGCUACUCUAAAUGCGUCAGCCAAUCCAGAAGCUAACUAAAAUGCGUCAGCUUAUCUAGAAGCUACCUAAAAUGCGUCAGCAAGCCUAGAGACUUCUUGAAAUACGUCAGAAAGUCUGGAAACUACCCGAAAUGCGUCAGCAAUUUUAGAAGCUACAAAAGAUGCGCCACGAAUCCUAGAAACUACCCGAAAUGCGUCAGCAAAUCUAGAAGCUACAAAAUAUGCGUCAGCAAAUCUAGAAGCUACAAGAAAUGCGCCAACUGAUCAUUGA